CAUUUUAAAAUAUCAAUGCGACGUGGUUUUUUACAUCAUUAUGACAUCAAUAUUCAACCAAAUAAUUGUCCUCGAAAAAUCAACCGUGAAAUUAUUGAAAUUAUGGUUCAUACGUACAGUGAACUAUUUGGUAAUCUUCGUCCUGUAUUUGAUGGUCGUAAAAACUUAUACACAAAAGAUCCAUUACCUAUUGGAAACGAUCAAGUUGAAUUAGAAGUUACAUUGCCCGGUGACGCUAGAGAUAAAGCAUUCCAUGUUAAUAUCAAAUGGUUAGCUCAAGUAUCAUUAUUUGCUUUGGAUGAAGCAUUAAAAUGCCGCACUAAACAAAUACCAUAUGAUGCUGUUAUGGCCUUAGACGUAGUCAUGCGACAAUUUCCAUCAAUGACCUAUACACCUAUAGGCCGGUCAUUUUUUUCUCCACCAAAAGAAUAUUAUCACCCAUUAGGUGAUGGUAGAGAAGUCUGGUUUGGUUUUCACCAGUCAUUCCAGCCAUCUAAAUGGAAAAUGAUGCUUAAUGUUGACGUGUCAGCAACAGCUUUUUAUAAAAGUCAGCUUGUGAUAGAAUUCAUGUGUGAAGUGUUGGAUAUUAAAGAUAUCGAUCAACAAAAAAAGCCAUUAUUAGAUUCACAAAGAGUUAAAUUUGCAAAAGAAAUUAAAGGUCUUAAAGUAGAAGUUACACAUUGCGGAGAAAAGCGAAGGAAAUAUAGAGUUUGUAAUGUUACAAAAAGACCAGCUCAAAUACAAUCUUUUCCAAUGCUAUUGGAAAAUGGUUGUAAAGUAGAAUGCACAGUAGCUAAAUAUUUCUUAGACAAAUACAAGUUGAAACUACGUUAUUCACAUUUACCAUGUCUUCAAGUUGGAGAGGAACAUCUACAAGUAUAUCUUCCUUUAGAGGUUUGUAAUAUUGUAGCGGGUCAACGGUGUGUUAAAAAAUUAACCGACUUGCAAACAUCAACUAUGAUUAAGGAAACUGCAAGAAAUGCUCCUAAUCGUGAACAAGAUAUUAAUUCCUUAGUUCAUAGAGCUGAUUUUAAUAAUGACUCAUAUUUACAAGAAUUUGGUCUUGGCAUAUCAAAUAGCAUGACAAAAGUGCAUGGUCGUGUUUUACCACCACCAAAAUUACAAUAUGGAGGACCAACUCUGCCUAUUCUGACUAAACAACAAGCAACACCAAAUAAUGGUGUUUGGGAUAUGAGAGGCAAACAAUUCUUUGCAGGUGUUGAAAUUCAUAAUUGGGCAAUAUCUUGUUUUGUACCACAAAGAAUUGUGCGUGAAGAAUCGUUAAGAUUUUUUAUAACAAAACUACAAAGUAUAAGCAGCGAUGCUGGCAUGCCAAUAAUUGGUCAUCCAUGUUUUUGUAAAUAUGCCUCAGGGAUUGACCAAGUAGAACCUAUGUUCCGUUUUUUAAAAUCAACAUUCACUAAAUUACAACUUGUAAUCGUUGUUUUACCAGGGAAAACUCCAGUAUAUGGUGAAGUCAAAAGAGUUGGAGACACUGUUUUAGGAAUGGCUACACAAUGUGUUCAAGCAAAAAAUGUUAAUAAACCGUCACCUCAAACACUGUCCAAUUUAUGUUUGAAGAUCAAUGUGAAAUUAGGUGGUAUCAAUAACAUUCUUGUACCAAGCAUCAGACCUAAAGUAUUUAGUGAACCAUUGAUAUUUUUGGGUGCAAAUGUAAUUUAUCAACCUUUAGGUGAUCAUAAAAAACCAUCCAUUGCAGCAGUAGUAGGAUCUAUGGAUGCACAUCCCAGUCGUUAUGCCGCCACUGUACGUCUUCAAGAACACAGACUAGAAUUCAUUCAAGACCUUAGUUCUAUGGUCUGGGAACUCCUGAUCAUGUUUUACAAGAGUACAGGAGGUUAUAAACCUCAUAGAAUUAUAUUAUACCGGGAUGGAGUAUCAGAAAGACAGUAUUCUCAUGUCUUACAACAUGAAUUGACAGCUAUUCGAGAGGCAUGCAUAAAGUUAGCAGGUGAUUAUAAACCAGGAAUAACUUUUAUAAUGGUUCAAAAACGUCAUCACACCAGAUUGUUCUGUGCUGAUAGAAAGGAACAAUUGGGAAAAUCUGGAAAUGUUCCAGCUGGUACAAUAGUUGAUGUUGGAAUAACACAUCCAACAGAAUUUGAUUUUUACUUAUGUAGUCAUCAGGGAAUUCAGGGAACCAGUCGGCCCAGUCAUUACCAUGUUCUAUGGGAUGACAACCAUUUUAAAUCCGAUGAAUUGCAAUGCUUAACAUACCAAUUAUGUCACACUUAUGUCAGAUGUACACGUUCUGUAUCUAUUCCUGCACCAACUUAUUAUGCUCACUUAGUUGCAUUUAGAGCUAGAUAUCACAUAGUCGAAAAAGAACAUGACAGUGGUGAAGAAUCACAUAUAUCUGGCUGUAAUGAAGAUAAAAAACUGGUCGCAAUGAUGCCAGCUAUCACAGUACAUGCCGAUACAAAGAAAGUUAUGUAUUUUGCUUGA